GAUCAUCGCCUGAACAAGGCGGGAGGAUAUCGAGACGUCAUCUUCGUUUACUUUGGUUUGUUGCGGACACUGUCAAGACUUUCUUUUUGGGUUUGUGUUUAUAUUCUAACACAAAUGAAUCACCGAAUACACCAACAUCUUUAGAUAUUUAAAAGGAUUAUAUAUUUUACAGCACUAACAUUAAUAAAGUUCAAAUAAUUUGAUAAACAAAAAAAAACGAUAAGAUGUCACGUUGGGGUAAAAAACAAAAAUUGCCUGAAGUGUUUGAUUCAGUUGCACAAGGCUUACAGAAGUUGUAUAAAGAGAAGUUAUUACCGUUAGAAGAAACAUACAAGUUUCACGAAUUUCAUUCACCAAAGCUUGACGACAGUGACUUUUUUAACAAACCUAUGGUGUUACUGGUGGGACAGUACUCAACAGGAAAAACAACAUUUAUUCGAUAUUUGUUGGAACAAGACUUUCCUGGUAUGAGAGUGGGACCAGAACCAACAACAGAUUGCUUUACUGCUGUCAUGCAUGGUAACCAUGACAGAGUCAUUCCUGGUAAUGCCUUGGUUGUUGAUUCACAGAGAAGUUUCCGUUCAUUGUCAGCCUUUGGCAAUGCGUUUUUAAACAGAUUUUCGUGUGCAGAAACUGACAAUCCUGUGUUAGAAACAAUAACACUAGUUGAUACACCUGGUAUUCUUUCGGGUGAGAAGCAGUCUAUCAACAGAGGUUAUGAUUUUACUGGUGUGUUGGAGUGGUUUGCGGAAAGAGUAGAUCGAAUUAUUCUGCUUUUUGAUGCACACAAGUUAGAUAUAUCUGAUGAGUUCAGAAGAGGAAUAGAAGCAUUGCAUGGUUUUGAUGACAAAAUUCGAAUUGUAUUAAACAAGGCUGAUAUGAUUUCAACUCAGCAGUUGAUGAGAGUGUAUGGUGCAAUGAUGUGGUCCCUAGGAAAAGUAAUCAACACUCCUGAAGUAACUCGUGUUUAUGUUGGUUCGUUCUGGGACCAGCCACUUAGAAUUGAUGACAAUAGAAAAUUGUUUGAGUUGGAGGAGACCGAUUUGUUUCAGGACUUACAAAGCCUUCCUAAAAAUGCGGCUCUGAGGAAGCUUAAUGAUUUAAUUAAGAGAGCUAGAUUAGCAAAGGUACAUGCUUACAUCAUUUCUGCUUUGAAAGAUGAAAUGCCCAUGUUUGGCAAAGACAAGAAAAAAGCAGAGUUGAUAAAAAAUCUGGCUGAUAUAUUUCGUCGAAUUCAGAUGCAGCACGAAAUUUCGCCUGGUGACUUCCCAAAUCUCCAAAGAAUGCAGGAAAAUCUACAAUAUCAUGAUUUUAGCAAAUUUCAAACAAUGAAACCAAAAUUGAUCGAAAAAGUUGAUCAAAUGUUAAGUGGCGAUAUUGCUAGGUUAAUGGCUAUGUUGCCACACGAAGCUGAGGAAAGAAACAAUGAACAGACAGUAAAAGGAGGUGUAUUUGCCAGUGCACAGGGAGAUUUCAAUCCUUUUGCUACAGGAGCUGCAGAAGGUUUUAAACUUGGAGCAGGAACAUCUCAGUGGGUGGUGAAUACGAAUGGAGAGAAAGAUAAAUAUGACCAACGGUUCGCAGAACUUGAUCCAGUUGAUGGAAAAAUCACAGGGGCUGCUGCCAAGAAAGAAAUGGUAAAAUCUAAGUUGCCCAAGAACACACUUGCCAAAAUAUGGACCCUUGCUGAUAUUGACAAAGAUGGGCAUUUGGACGAAGAAGAGUUUGCUCUUGCUAUGUAUCUCAUUGACGUGAAGUUAAAGAGCGAUGAUGAAAUUCCGACUUCCUUGCCAGAACAUCUCUGCCCCCCUGGGAAAAAGAAGAUAGUGUUCGGACAACAUGCAUAAACAUUCUCUAAUAAAAAAUAUUAUUUUUAUAUUUUUUAAAUUCUUUUGGGAUCCAGAUCUUUAUAGAUUAAUUCAAUAAAUUUAUGCACAUAAAAUCAAUUAAAGCUACUUAUGGGGCCAGAAAGUUGUGGAAUGGUAAAAUCGAAGAUCUUUUAUUUUUGUUGUGUUUUUCUAUUUUGCUUUUUGAACAAAUAAGAGGCAAUUAUUGUAGUGUUUCUCAGUGUAAGUAAGUUAAAGAAAGUUUAUGUACGAUGUCCAGUCAUGAGUAGACUCAGUAGAUCCGUUUACAAAAACAUUUAAAAUGUUAUUAUGUAUGUUUAUCUUAUAUGGGAAGAUGAUAGUUUUGUUCAGUUUUGUGUGAAAAAUUAUAGUUGUGGGAAGAAACAAAAGAUGAAUUAAAUUAACCAAAA